AAGUGAUGAAAGCAUUGAUAUGUUGACCAAUCAAUACAUUGUCUGUUAUUUUUUACAUCAAUUGCUGUAAACAUUAUUUAAUUAUUAUUUGAAUGGCGUUAUUUACGGUUCAAUUGGUCUUUACAUUAAUUUUCUUAAGUGUCUUAAAUCGUCUGUCAGUUCACUAUUCAAUUGGUCGAUGGCUUCUCUCUAAAGGUUUGAUCCGAUACUUACCCCCAACUGACGAUCAAUUGAGACAAUUAUUAGGUUUAUCUAAAAGUUCGGUCAAAACAAAGAACCGAAAGGAUAAUAAAGAACAGCAGAAAUCUAAUACAUUUACAGUACCACGAGAUAUAUCACUUGAAUUGGUGUCAAAACCUGUGGAUCUGUUGGAUGUGAUUCAAUUGCCAUAUUAUGCUGAAGUCCAAUGGCUUUUUGACUUCAGUGCCUAUGCAGUAGUUGUCUAUAUAUUGACUGAGUUUUACUAUUUUUUAGUCCCAAAUAGUAAUGAAUAUAAUUUAAGUCUCAUUUGGUGUUCAUUUGUUGUGGCAUUCAGUUUAAAAGUUUUGCUGUCAAUCACUGGUCUUUACUUCCGAGGCGGUGAUGAAGCCAUUGGCGAGCGUUCGGUGACAAUAGUGUCGGCCUCAUUGUUCUUCUUGAGCGCAAUGAUUGUCUUAAUAGCUGACGAAAACUUUUUAGAGUUUGGUUUAGUUCCGGCAUACAAGAGCUUCAACGAGAGUGCCUUCAAGUUGUUAGAGACGCAUAACAUUAGCGAUAGCACCGGUAGUGGUGGUGGUGCCGGUCCGACAUCUUUUCUAAUAAUAAAGUUUUGUUUAGCCAUUUGGUGCGCUUUUGUCGGCGCCUUCUUUACAUUUCCCGGCUUUCGUUUGGCACGAAUGCAUUUCGAUGCCAUAAAAUAUGCUCAAAACGAUCACUUUUCACUGCUUUUAUUAAAUGUGAGUUUUAUAUCUCCGCUUUUCAUUAUCUUAUUGUGGAUUAAACCAAUAGCCAGAGAUUAUUUGACAAUCAGAAGUUGGUCCAGAGGCACAAUAAUGAGUGCCGACAGCUUUGAGACGACAAGAAUUCUUAUAAUAGUCGUUGUAAUUGCUCUCAGACUUUGUCUUAUCAAACGAUAUCUACAGUCAUAUCUCAAUAUUGCACCACAAAAGUUGACAAUUAUGAAGAAAGAGAGGGGACGUAUCACUAAUGUUGAUCUUCAGAGAAUGAUCGCUCGUGUAUUUCACUAUUUGUGUGUCGUUACACUUCAAUAUAUUUCUCCGCUAUUUAUUUGUCUUUUUAUGGUACUAAUGAUGAAGACAUUAGGCAACUAUUCAUGGAGUAGUUAUUUAUUGCCAAUUAUACAAAUGGAUGAAAUACCAGUUAAUUUAGAUGAAACAACUGGUCCUCAAUUGACAUUAGCGUUAUUAAGGAAUGUUUUUAAUCCCAUUGUAUUGCGAGGACUCAUGGGUUUUAUGGUUUGGUGGCUGUGCUCCGUAUGGUUUGUCACCUCAUCUAUAGGUUUAUUAUACCACUCAUAUUUCUUGUGAUAUUUACAGUAAAAAUAGAUUUGUUAUAUUUAGAGAAAUCAGUAGUAAAAUUG